AUGAAGAUGCCAACGAUCGACCGACGUGUUUGGAUUAUGUUUCUUUGGUAUCUUCUUUUGAAAUGUUCGUUGACAAACGUAGUGCCGGUUUCGAUGGCCCUCGGCAACACGGCCGAGACCGGGGAAAACAACCCGACACAACCCAACACCGGUGGCAGCAACCUGGAGGAUCUGUACCACCGAAUACUAGAUGACAACGAGUUCAGCUCACACGCUAACCUCCGGUACAACCGGCACAGUGAGGCACGGGAACGACAUGCCACGGCCCCGGACCAGCAGUUCCCAUUCGCGACUCGUUCCGAUACCAACCCACUCGUACCGUGGCCACCUCGAUGGCAGGAUGCGACAUCCGCGCAGAGGGUGAAUAAUAACCGUAGGAUAAAUUUCGAGCCACCCGAGGCUACCAGCGAUCCAAUGGCCAUCUUUGAAGGAUUGCCAAAAGACGAACGCGAUUCACCUGGUAGCGCGAUAGCCCUCGAAGACGUUCACGAACAGCGGGCGCUGUUUGAACGGGAUGGUAUGGCCGGUGUGUUACGUGAUGCGGACGUACAACCGGAACAUUCGCGCAGUUCGCCAGGACAUGGUGCGAGCGAAAAUCGCUAUCCAGCCUACCGACGACACCGAAGGUCGCUGCUGAGACGCCGAUCGAUACGACUGAAGGAAUCGAUCGGGAAAACGGAUAAGGAAGCCGAAAGCUCUCCAUCUUCCGGUCCACCGCCAGCACAACACCCAGAUGCAGGCAGUUCCGGUUAUUACCCAAGCCCAAGUACGCCUCCAACCGAUGGCGAUGGGCGUAAUGUGAUCCAAAAUGAGCAUCCCCAGCAGCAUAAAGCGGAACUGGGCUCGCCCAGUGAAACCGGUGGGACGAAAAUCGAACACCUACGAACCGGAACCAUCACGACGACUCAACGAACGGUGGUUCCGCAACCGGCCAGUUCCGUCGCUAUCGACAGCUUCAAUUUGCUCGACGACAGCGUGUACGUUAGUCCUGCGCUUGGUCACCGGAACGCGAGUGGUACGCCAGCACGUUUGCCACCGCUCGGUACCGACCUGACGCUUGACGCGAGCGGGAACAUUUUCGGGCGGGAAAACUUCGACGAGCAAAUUAUCUUUCUCAAUGGACCGGAUCUGCUGGCGGAGACAAGUGGCGAACCGGUCGAACGGCAGCAGCAGCAGCAGCAGCGGUUAGCUGGAAAGGUGGCUCGUGAAGUCGCUCGUGUAGAGCCUGGCGUAGAGGGCUUCGUGGGUGAUGAACCACAGGCGAUGGCAUUGAGACCAAUCAUCCGAGGACCAACGGACGACCAUGUGGUGGAGGAUAACGUGGUGUUGGUGUACGCCGACCAGCACGAGACGGUGCGAUUGAACUGUGAGGUCGAUGCCGAUGUCACCUCGAGCGUGUGGCUCAAGGAUGGCCAGAUCGUGCACGUGAUGGACAAGAAGUCACGCACCGCCGACAUCCGGUUCGUGCGGGAACCGCUCGGUGCGCUUACCAUCGCGAACGUGAUGCUCGAGGACGAUGGCGUGUGGCAGUGUGAGGCGGAAAAUGCUCGCGGGUUUUUCUUCAACGGUCGGCCGAUAAAGUUGAUCGUUUUGGACCCACCGAAGGAACCGUACCUUCUGAUCGAUUCCCGUCGGCUCGACGCCGGCAACAUGUUCAUCCCGGUGAAGGAAAACUCCGAGCUGACGCUGGCGUGCGUGAGUGAGAGCGGCAAUCCCAAGCCAACGCUCACGUGGGAAGUCCUGCUCAGUCCCGGCAUCGACCGGCACGCACAGAAAAUUUCCAGCGACGUUCUGGAGCUGCAGGAAAUCAAGAAGGAUAAGGAUAAGGAACCGUACAGGAUCAACAGCGGUGCAAUAUCGGAGGUGAAGCUUCCGGCCGUCUUCCGGGUGCAUCACAACGCUCGCAUCCUGUGCAUCAUGGAGCACCCGACGCUGAAAGUGCGCCAAAACGCAUCGAUUCUGCUCGAUGUGCAGUACACACCAUCGUUUGCCAUCACGCGGACGCCCGGGUUCGGGUAUCCGCUCCGGGAAGGCAUCGAGGUUUCGCUCAAGUGUGACGUCGAUUCCAACCCACCAAGUACGCCGCUCUGGCAGAAGGACGACGGUGACCCGCCAGUUCCGCAGACGGGCGAUGGCUUCCUUAACUUCUCGGCAAUCCGACGGGAGCACUCGGGAUGGUACAAGUGCACCUCGCGGCAUCUCAACUUCCAGUACUCGAGCAUCGGGUACUAUCUCAGUGUGCGAUAUGAACCCGUCGACGUGACAUCGGAACCAGUUGAGCAGGACCUGCCCAUGUCACCGUCCUCAUCUUCUUCCUCUUCAUCCGCAUCCUCCUCUUCUGCGUCUUCCUCAUCGUCCGCCUCCAUUUCACUGUCAUCCGCCGCAUCCGCGCCGGGAGGAUCACCCAACGGAAUGGCUCCCUCUGGCGUUCCUGGUGCCGAAGGAGCCGGUUCAAGCUCCUUCAAAGGUGGCCAAAUGGAGGUAGAACUCGGUGGUUCCGUUACGCUGCAAUGCCCUCAAGGUUCGCUUGGAUGUUGGUCACAUCUCGAUCCAAUGACGGCACGGUUAAAAGGACUCGGGGCCGGAAUCUACACCCCGACGGGGCAGUUUUCCCUCAAGGAUGUCGUCUACCAGGACGCGGGCACGUACAAAUGCGUCGGUCAGAACGCGAGCAAUCGCAAGAAGCUCGAGGUCCUGCAAACGGUUUCAAUCGCGGUGAAAGGUGCUCCAAGCGUAAGUGCACGAAAUACGACCCCCGUCGCGUAUCCUGGAUCACCGUUGCAUCUGUCGGUGGAGUUCUGUGCCAAUCCUCCGGCAUACGCAGCCCGCUGGUUGCAUGGCGAUCGAGUCUACACGCCCGGAAAUCAGUACGGAACGGACGUACUGGCGUACGGAUUCAUCGAUCUACCGACACCAUUCUGCAAGGAGGCACGUCUCACCUACGUGCACAUGCACGAGAAGGUCCCGCGGACGUUCUACUUCAUCGUGUCCUCACCAGGAGGCGUUGCUGAGGCGGUAUUUCGCGUCAACUACACGCUCAAGCACAAGCAAAUGGGAUCGUCCGCGGGUGCUGCAUCCGCCUCCGGUGCCGGUUCCGGCUCGUUCGGGAGUCCUUUUUCGCUGUCUGCUUCCUCUUCAUCGUCCGCCGCCGGGACGACGGUCAACGGGGGCAACUCGGGGUACAAGAUCAACACCAACACCAUCAAUACCGUGCCCGGGAACGGGCUGGAUGAUGACGAGCAGCUGAUGGAACCGGAGGAGAUUCAUUUCCCGAUCUUUGGGACCGGAUCCAACGCCGGUCCGGGAACGUCCACGACGGUGGCUAGCACGUUGGGUACGCUCGUGGUAGCUUUAGCGUUAAGCUACCGUCCCUAUCGCUACCUAUAG